GCCAGUGGUUCGUUCCUCACUCCAGCUGAUCGGCCCAGGAUCCCCGGUGGUUCCGUCCGUUGCUGGCUUUGACGGCCCCAGCGUCUUAACGUCGACUUCAACUACUUUAAUUUGACGGACUGGGUGGCUGCUUGUGUCGUCAAAUUGUCCACCCUACACUGAAACUCGGAAGAAUUAUCUGGGCAGAGUGACGGUUGUAUGCUUAUCAAAGCCAAGGGGAUCUAAACGCAAAUACGAGGCCCUCACUCCAUCCACGGAUUCACCUGCUACACCGACAGCUUGACACGGGAGACAGACAUGGGCGACACGGGGAGCGAGGGCAGCAAGCCUCCGAGUAACGUUAACGUUAUACCCCCUCGCUGCCCCUGUGGGUUCUGGGGGUCAAGCAAAACCAUGAAUCUCUGCUCAAAAUGUUUUGCAGACACUCAAAAGAAACAGCCAAACGACGACUGUGCUCCAAAGGCCUCUUCAAACUCUAACACCAGUCAAGCAGACAUGUUCUGUAAUGAAACAAACAACAGCAUUAGUCAGUCCCUCAUAUCAGACGACCCUUUGCCCGGAGAGAUAGGAGUGACAUCUCUACCUGUUCAGGACGCCUCAGAUUCAGAAAGUGAUGUUUCACCUGAGAAGCGAGCGAGAGUAGGUGGGAUCCCAGAGGGUGAGGAGUCUUCAUCAUCAUCAUCGUCUUCAUCCUCGUCUCGCAGUGGCUCUAAACAGCGGAGCCGUAAGCGUUGCCAUCGCUGCCAAACCAAACUGGAGCUGGUACAGCAAGAGCUGGGUUCCUGUCGCUGUGGUUAUGUCUUCUGUAUGCUCCAUCGGCUUCCAGAGCAGCACGAGUGUCUGUUUGACCACAUGGGUCGUGGACGUCAGGACGCCGUCCUCAAAAUGGUUAAGCUAGACCGCAAGGUGGGCCGCUCAUGCCAGCGCAUCGGGGAAGAGUGCUCUUGAAUAGUCGUUCCCUCAGAAGAAUCUUUAACAGGGAUAUUAUUUUCUUGUCUUUUUUUUUCCUCGAGAUUUUUGCUUUUUUUUUUUUU